AUGGAGGCCCAACUCCAGCUAAGGAAGACUGGCACUACGCCGUUGGUCGACGCAACCAAUUACUGCAGCAUUGUCGGGAGUCUGAAUUAUCUAGUAAACACACGUCUUGAUCUCGUCUAUUUUGUUGGAUACGUGAGUAGGUUUAUGGAAGCACUAAGGGAAGAGCAUCUUGUGAUUGUCAUGCAUUUCCAGCACUAUGUGGCCGGAACCAGAGGCUGGGGUGUGAGAUACUGUGUAGGAAGAGGAAGGAAGAAGCUUGAGCUGGUCGGCUACAGUGAUAGUGACAUGGGGGUCUGGCUUGCACAACUGAUGAAGGAGUUGAUUGGAAGAGAAGGCGAUCCACCAAUGUUGUACGUGGACAACAAGUCUACGAUCUCCCUGAUAAAAAAUCCAAUUUUUCACGACUGGAUCAAGCACAUAGAGAUCAGACUUCUACCUGCUCCCACCGGCGGCAAGUUGCUUAGUCCAAAAGACAGCAUUAGAAACCGUCUCACCUUCCUUCAUAUGAAGGGUCUCAAAGUCCUUACGCAAAGCCGGUAA